CGCGGCGCACCCCGCAGCCCCGAGCGAGCGAGCGGCGAGCCGAGGCCGACGCCCCCGUCCGCGUAGCGCGCGAUGCUCGCCUGGACCGCGCUGGGCCUGGCCCUGGGCCUGCGGCUGGUGCUGGCGCGGAGCGGCCCGGAGCGCGGCCCCCCGGCGUCAGCCCCCCAGGGUGAUCUGCUGUUCCUUCUGGACAGCUCGGCCAGCGUUUCACACUACGAGUUCUCCCAGGUUCGGGAGUUUCUGGGGCAGCUGGUGGCUCCACUGCCCCUGGGCCCCGGGGCCCUGCAGGUCAGCCUGGUGCACGUGGGCAGCCGGCCGCACGCCGAGUUCCCCUUCGCGCAGCACGGCUCGGGUGCGGCCGUCCAGGACGCCAUCCGGGCCGCAGCCCAGCGCAUGGGCGACACCAACACUGGCCUGGCACUGGCCUACGCCAAGGAACAGCUGUUUGCCAAGGCGGCGGGUGCGCGGCCAGGGGUGCCGAAGGUGCUGCUGUGGGUGACUGACGGCGGCUCCAGCGAUGCAGUGGGGCCCCCCAUGCAGGAACUCAAGGACCUAGGCGUCACCGUCUUCAUCGUGAGCACGGGCCGCGGGAACCUCCUGGCGCUCUCGGCCGCCGCCUCGGCCCCUCCCGAGGAGCACCUGCACUUCGUGGACGUGGACGACCUGCACAUCAUUGCCCCGAAGCUGCGGGCCUCCAUCCUGGAGGCCCUGCAGCCGCAGCAGCUCCGCGCGGCCGAGGUCACCGCCCGCGGCUUCCGCCUGGCCUGGCCGCCCCUGCUGAGCGCCGCCUCGGGCUACUACGUGCUGGAGGUGGCGCCCAGCACCGAGCCGGGGGCCGCGCGGCGCCGGCAGCUCCCCGGGAACGCCACGGGCUGGGUGUGGGCCGGGCUGGAGCCGGACACGGACUACGACGUGGCCCUGCGGCCCGAGUCCAACGUGCGCCUCGUGAGGCCGCAGCACCUGCGGGUGCGCACGCUGCCGGAUGAGGCCGGGCCGGACCGCAUCGUCAUCUCCCACGCCAGGCCGCGCAGCUUCCGCGUGAGCUGGGCCCCCGCGCCGGGCCCGGCCGCCGCGCUCGGCUACCGCGUGCUGUGGGGGACGCUGCGGGGCGGCGCGGCGCAGCGCGUGGAGGUGCCCGCGGGCGGGAACAGCACCACGCUGCAGGGGCUGGCGCCGGGCACGGCCUACCUGGUGACGGUGACCGCGGCCUUCCGCUCGGGCCGCGAGAGGACCCUGUCGGCCAAGGCCUGCACGCCUGACGGAGAGCGCCGCGUGCCCUUGCGCCCGGGGGCCGGGGGCCGUGACCCGCCGCCCGGGCCGGCCACCAGGGUUGGAGGAGGCGGCCGCCACCGAAGCCACGGCUUUGCCAUGGGGGUGUCCCUGUCCGCAGCCAGAGGGCUCCUUGGUCCUGCACUUGGCCUCCGGGUUACAGGCUGACCGCCCGCCACCGUUCACCUCCCGUCUCCCCUUGCCCUGCUCAGAGCUGGGGCUGGAAAGGAUCUGGGGGUUCUGGGGUCUAGAAGCAGGCUGGCAACACCUGACGUGGGACCUCACCUUGUGUGAAGGGCCUGUCCCCCAGGCGGCAGGGGCUGGCAUCGGUUCCAGGGAACUUGGUCCAGCAGGCAGCUUGUGGACCGGGUGUCCAGGGCUGCUGGGGUCCUGGGGGAGGAUGUAAGUGGACAGAGGGAAGGGGAGGAGAAGCUGGCUCAGGCUGGGUCCCCAAAAGAUCUGGGAAAGGGGUGGGGUGCUGGGACACUGACUGUGCUGGCCAGCCCCAGGUGGGUGGGCAGGUGGUCUUCACCAGGACACUCAGCCACUGGGUUGCAGGGGACACUCUUUGGGUGGAGCUCUAGCAGAGCCAGGCACUCAGGACCCUGGGGACAGGGGAGCUCCUCCCCCUACCUGCCCACACCCCCAUUGGGCACUUGCAGGAUGCACGGCCCCCCUGCAUCCUGGGGGCAGCUCCCAAGUGGAACCUGGUGGGGACAUAUAGCCAGGAGUGGGUGGUUGCCCCCAGGGGUUCUCUGCAGUAUCCUCUGACCCUGACGGGUCCUGUCUAUGGGCUGCCCCCUGGUCACUCACCACUAUCCUGGAGCCACCGGGCUUUCUUCAAGCCCCCACCCAGCUGUGUCCUCUGCUCCCCGAAUUCCCUGCUCAGCUCAGUGUCACAUGGCUUCCUGUCCCCUGUCACGUCCCACACUUUAAAGCACAGCACAGCACAUGGAAGCCGAACCCUGCAAUCUCGUGAGAAUGCUUGACUCCUUGUCAAAACUGCUGGCCGAUGGUGGUCGGCCAGUGCUGGCAGCAGGAGGACAGGGGCUGACCCUGUCCUGGUGCCCAGUGCUGACCACCGACCCCUGCCUUCCUCUUCGGAGCCCGCCAGUGGCUGGGGGUGCGCCCUGGGAAUCAGAGGAAAGGGGGCUCAUUCUGCAGGCUGCCCCACCCACCUGCUGCCCCAGUGCGGGCCCCUCUCCUCCGGGAGGGCAUCCAGCGGGUGUCUCUGGGGUGCAGUAGCCCCACGCCAGGCUCCCUGCGGUCAGGUGGAGCUGCUGCUUUGCACUAAUGCUUGCUAACGGAAAAUAAAGCUCCUAACUGCUGGCGUCCA